AUGGUCUUUCCCCCCGCGCCUAGUGAGUCCAUGGAAUGGGCAAACCUUGGCUUAACCGUCAAGGACAAUGUGAAUGGCCACGUUGAAUCCACCUACAGUGUUUUGACAGGAGAGUGGACCGAGCCCAGAUUCGUCGAAGAUCCUCAUAUCAAGAUUCACGGUCUUGCACCCGCCUUGAACUACGGACAACAAGCCUAUGAAGGACUGAAGGCUCAUCGUGGACCCGAUGGCAACAUCCUUUUGUACCGACCCGUUGCACACGCGGACCGCCUCGCCAUAUCCUCAAGCUACGUUUCUAUUCCCGAGGUACCCCAAGAGCACUUCCUCAAGUGCGUCAAGUACGCAGUCGCCCGCAAUGCAGAGUUCGUCGCACCUCACAGCACUGAAGCUCUGCUAUACAUCCGACCCCUUGUUUUCGGCUCAAAUGGUCAUCUUGCUCUGAGUGCUCCUACUGAGUACACUUUCGCCAUCUAUGUACAGCCCGCGAGUGCAUACCACGGAGUGCAGCCUCUUCCCGCAUGCGUAAUCGAGGACUUUGACCGUGCUGCCCCACGCGGCACUGGCGGCGCAAAGGUCGGUGGCAACUACGCUCCUGUCAUCCGUCACACGCAGAAGGCUGCUCAGCAAGGUUACCAUGUCACUCUUCACUUGGACGCCCAGACUCGCACAUGUGUUGAAGAGUUCUCCACAUCUGGUUUCAUCGGCAUCAAGAAGAACGGCGACAGUGUCACGGUCGUCAUUCCUGACAGCAAGACUGUCAUUCAAAGCAUCACUUCUGAUUCUUGCCUUACUCUGGCCAAGUCUUUCGGCUGGGCCGUUGAGAAGCGCGAAGUCCCAUGGAGUGAGUGCAAGUUCUUUGACGAGGUCAUCGCUGUCGGUACUGCUGCUUCCUUGCUUCCGAUCAGGUCGCUUUCCCGUCCAUCCACGGAUGAGAAGUUCGUAUAUGGCGAGAAAGCUGGCGAGUGUACCCAGAGGCUUGCCAGCGCGAUGAGGAAUAUCAUGCGAGGAAACGUUAAAGAUGAGUUUGGUUGGACAUACACUCUUCAGGAAAAGGACUUGCUGCUUCCUGAAGAGCCCAAGGCUGAGGAACUCAAGGCUGAGGAACCUCUUAUCGAGGAGCAAGUCAUUGGCUACAAUGCUACGCAAGAUAUCAAAGCCGCUACCGUCACCAUCAACCCGAUUCCUGCUCCUACUUCAGUUGCAGUAGAGGCAUAA